AUGAUGUAACUCAAUGUGCGGUCUUAAAAACAGUCCGUUUAUAUUAUUCAGCUAUAACGGCGAUAUGCUUGAUUUUAUUGAAACUUAAAACAUGAAUGGUAAAGUAUGUAGAGUAAAGCAGUGAUGUUAUGAUAAAACAUUCCGUUGGCAUUUGUAAAUGUAGCAUAAACGUUAGCUUUAGCUAACAAGCGAUUUACAUCCUGAAGAACUACAGAGGAAAGAUAAGCGUUUCCACAUUGGAGUCUGCUCUCAAUCCCACUGACGGACCAAAACUCACAGCACAGCCAGAUUAACCCGUUGUUAAAUAAACAGGAAAUCGAGAGGCUGGAUUUAGCAACAUUAACUCUAGGUUCUGACACGUUGUUUUGUAAAUAUGAGAGUCCGAAACGCUAAACUGCUGUUUUCCGAGUUGAAGUUGUGGACUUCUGGAAGGAGUUCAUGGAUGAAUCGCCUACAUGAUGGUGUGAGUAGAUGCGGGAAAGCUUCGUUUUCCUCCUGCAGCCCAAAGGUGUGUGUUGUUGGAAGCGGUCCAGCUGGUUUCUACACAGCUCAGCAUCUGAUCAAGGCACGUCAAGAUGCCGAGGUGGACAUCCUUGAGCGGCUGCCUGUCCCCUUUGGCCUGGUCAGGUUUGGAGUGGCUCCUGAUCAUCCUGAAGUUAAGAAUGUCAUCAACACAUUCACACAGACAGCCCAGCAUCCACGGUGCAGUUUCUACGGUAACGUGAACGUAGGCAAGGAUGUCAGCAUUGGAGAACUGCAGCAAGCUUAUCAUGCAGUAGUACUGAGUUACGGGGCAGAGGGAAACAGGAGUAUGGGUGUACCAGGAGAAGACUUGCCUGGUGUGUACUCUGCCAAAGACUUUGUGGGAUGGUACAAUGGGCUGCCCAGCUGUCGGGAGCUGCAACCAGAUCUGAGUUGUGAAACAGCAGUCAUUCUGGGACAAGGCAAUGUGGCCUUGGAUGUAGCAAGAGUUCUGCUUUCGCCCAUUAACAUUUUAAAGAACACUGACAUUACCCAACCGGCCCUGGACUCUCUGGCAAAAAGCCGGAUCCGCAGGGUGCUGAUCGUUGGCAGGAGGGGGCCCGUACAGGUUGCUUGCACAAUCAAGGAGCUCAGAGAAAUGGUGAAUCUGCCCGGAACCACACCUGAGAUGGUAGCAGCGGAUUUCCAAGGUGUCGCAGAAGCUCUUAAAGAUUUGCCAAGGCCCAGGAAACGUCUGACGGAGCUGAUGUUAAAGACAGCCCUGGAAACCCCAGGAGAGAAGGAACAGGAGAGAAGGAGCAAGGCGUCCCGGGUCUGGGGCCUUCGAUUCUUCCGGAGUCCCAUUGAAGUCCUGUCUGACCCGGGUCACCACAAAGUAGCCGGCAUCCGGCUGGCUGUCAACAGGGUUGAGGGUUCAGGGGAGGGAGCCCGGGCAGUGCUCACUGGAAAAGUGGAAGAAGUGUCCUGCGGCCUGGUCAUUAGCAGCAUUGGCUACAGGAGCCUUCCCAUCGAUCCAUUAGUGCCUUUCGACUCACACAAAGCCAUCAUCCCAAACACUGUGGGCCGUGUUCAUCAGGCUCCAGGCUUAUAUUGUAGUGGCUGGGUGAAAACGGGCCCCACUGGGGUGAUCGCCACCACGAUGAACAACAGUUUUGACACUGCACGAUCCUUGGUGGAGGACAUGGACUCAGGAAGCUUAGAUGUGUCAUCUGCCAAGCCUGGUUCACAGUUUAUUACUGCUCUGCUGGAAAACAGAGGUGUGAAGCCAGUGACCUUCUCCGACUGGGAGAAAAUCAACAGCGUGGAGGUGAGAAGAGGUGAGGUUAACGGCAAACCCAGAGAAAAAGUCCUGACCGUGGAGGAAAUGCUGCAAUUGGCUCGAGCGUAAGCGCCAGCGACACCGAGCACAAAACAGCAUUAGACAAUAGUUUGUUUCUGUCUUAUUGUAUAAAUCUUAUAAAUCUGAGUUUGCAAAUUCCAAUUAAAGCACUGCAUUAUGUACCUCUUGUACUGUAUUACCUCAUAAUGGCAGAACUGUAUAUUGACUGAAGAUUUUAUAGAUAACAUUUAUAUAAUUUGAAUGCAUAAUAAAUUAUACCUAUAUGCCG